GUGCCUUGCUUUCUUGUUGCUAUCCCGUCUCCUGAAAGUCUUUCUCCAAAUUGAGACCCUUGCCAGAUCAAAGCUAAGCCCGCAACAACACGCAAACCCGAGGUACCGCAUCCUUCUCUCAUCUCAGUUCUUGCAAACCUUGAAGAAGUAAAACAAUGGCAGAAAAAGCUGUUGAUUUGCCAGAAGAAUGCUGGGAACUGAUAAUUAAACUGCUAGACCACCCCUCUCACUUCAAUUCACUCUCUCAGGUCUGCAAGCAAUUCCUGUCAAUCACCAAUAGACUUUUAUUGAGUCUCAAACUUUCUGAUCCAACAGUUCAAGCCCUUCUGCCUCGUCUUCUUCAAAGGUUCCGUCGGAUCAAACAGAUAGAACUCACUGGAUUUCAAGGUGACAUGAACUCAAUUCUUCAUCAAAUUGCGCAAUCUGGGUUGAAUCUAGAAUCGCUGAACGUUUCCAAGCAACCGACUUUACCAGUGGUUGGUUUAAGAGCGUUGGGCUCCAAAAUGAUGGAUUUGAAGAGUUUGAACUGCUCCAAGAUGAGGUGCUUUGGGGAUUCUGACCUGAAUGUGAUUGCAGAGUCAUUUCCAUGCCUUGAAGAGCUUGACAUCAGCUAUCAUGCGGAUGAUUCCACAAUUGGGUCGAAGCCCAUAUCCGAUUUGGGCAUCUUUUCAUUGUCAUUGAAGCUCAAGAGCCUGAGGAAGAUCAACCUUUCUGCAUUCAAAGUACCAUUCCUAAGCUCGAAAGCUUUAUGGGCUAUUGCUCUUUCGGAUUCCGAUAUUUCAGAUGAAUUUCUGUAUGCAGUUGCUGAAGCACGUUUUCCUCUGAAGAAGCUCACUCUUUCUAGAUGCGCAAACUACAGUUUUUCUGGAAUUUCAGUUUUGUUGAAUGAGUACCAAUCUCUUGAGUACUUAAAUCUUGAAGCAGCAUAUUUUCUUAGGGACGAGGACAUAGCUGAGCUAUCCAGGUUCCUCCAUAGUAUCUAUCAUAUAAACCUUAGUCAUUGCUAUGGGUUGACCUGUAUCACCUUCUACACGCUCAUAAAAAACUGUCUGAUUUUGGAUGAGUUGGAAAUGGUAGCAACAAGUAUUGGGGAGGAAAACAUUGAGACUGACUUUAAGGCAAGCCAUGGAAUCAAAUCUUUAAACUUGGCAAAUAGUUCAUUGGGCAAUAACUUUAUAACAAGUGUUGCAUCUAUUUGCCCCAAAUUGGAACUGCUCAAUUUGAGCAAAUGUAAGGGAAUUACAGAAGAAGGCAUAGUAGAAGUAUUGAAGAGAUGCUCUGAGAUUAGACAAUUGGAGGUAAACCACAUUCAAGGGAUGACGAAUUCUUUUUUACACCUUGAGUUUGAACUUCCCAAGUUGAAGGUGUUGUCUCUAAUGUUUUCUGGAAUCGAUGAUGAUGCGUUGGCUAUGAUUGGUAAAAGAUGUUGCAGGCUACUGAAAUUGGACUUGGCAGGCUGCUUGAGUUUGACAUCAAAGGGGGUGAAGGAAGUGGUGGAAAACUGCAAAGAAUUGAAGGAGAUAAAUUUGAAGUGGUGUAAUAAGUUCAGUGCUGAUAUUGUUCCUUGGAUAGUGUUUUCAAGACCAUCACUGAAGAAAAUAGUUCCUCCUAGUCGUUCAGUUCUUACUGAAAGACAAAGAAACCUUUUCUUGCGUCAUGGGUGUGUGGUGUAUGACGGGGGUGCCUUUGAAUGAACUUCACAGGUGAUGAAGUAUUCUCUUGCCCAAAGUCUUUUUUGAAUAAAAAUAUGUGAAGAUUGCAUUUGGAUGUUUGUCUUUCUUAUAUUGUUAAACUCAAUUUAUUAUGUAGCAACUCUGUUCACAGCCAGUAGCAAUUGUAGAGGAUGCUUU